AUGUGCAACUAUACCCAGCGCGAAUUCUACUGCGGUUACGUCCGGUGGAUUGUGUCGCGGUGGUGUCCAGUUUACAAAAGAACCCAACGACGAUGCCCGCCUUCCGUUACGCAUUUCGAAUACCGCGGGGAUGAAGUCUGCGGGGAAUGCAAACCAUCUGCCCCAGUUGUAUGGGAGAGUAUGAUCGAACGGUAA